UGUUGUAUCCGACCCAUGGAUAUGUUGCUGUAGCUAGCAGUACCCGGUUGAACAUGGCUACCGUAGUACUGUAAAAUGAUCUCUAAACUCUGCCUUCUUUCUUUCUCUACAUGAACGAGAGAGAAUUAUUUCGAGCUGUGUAUUUGGGAGAGUUUUUGCCUUUUCACAGAGGUGGCAAUUGAGUGCUGGUUUUGUCAACAUCUAUUCUGUCUACUGUACCAGUACUACUGUUAGUAGUUCGUAACUAGCGAGUACGUGUGACAAGGAGGCAAACUCGCAGGCCAGCUGUACGUCAAAUCCGUGGGUUUUUAGCUUGUUGCGAUCUCUAUACCACUCAAGAUGGCUGCCCCCGUCAACAUCCAGAACCCCAGUAAGAGCUGGGAGCUGAGCCUGUACGAGCUGCACAGGAGUCCUCAGGAGGCGAUCAUGGACGGCACAGAGAUCGCGGUGUCUCCACGCUCCCUCCACAGUGAGCUGAUGUGUCCCAUCUGUCUGGACAUGCUGAAGAACACCAUGACGACCAAGGAGUGUCUUCACCGCUUCUGCUCCGACUGCAUCGUCACCGCGCUCCGAUCAGGAAACAAGGAGUGCCCCACCUGCAGGAAGAAGCUGGUCUCCAGACGUUCCCUGAGGCGGGACUCCAACUUCGACGCCCUCAUCUCCAAGAUCUACCCGAGUCGGGACGAGUACGAGGCCCACCAGGACCGGGUGCUGGAGAGGCUGAGCCGGCUCCACAACAAGCAGGCCCUCAGCUCCUCCAUCGAGGAGGGGCUGCGCAUGCAGGCCAUACACAGGGCUCAGCGAGUGCGUAAACCGGCCCAGGAGAGCGACAACACCACCUUCAGCGGGGGAGAGGACAACGGCGACGCACGCUCCCACCUCUCCCACGACUCGGCCCCCUCGCAUACGCCCCUGCCCCCCAGCCACACCCCCUCUGAGGCGGGGCCCAGCCGGAACCCCAAGCGGCCGCGAGUCUCCGACGAGUCUGGCCCAGAGGCGGACCGCACCAGCCCCACCCCUCCACUGCGCCGCCACAAGGAGGGGCCCGCCUCGGAGAUCGAGCUGGUGUUCAGGCCACACCCUCUGCUGGUGAAUUCGCAGGAGUACAGUCAGACCAGAUAUGUGAAGACCACAGCCAACGCCACCGUGGACCACCUGUCUAAGUACCUGGCCCUGCGCAUCGCACUGGAGGAGAGGCAGACUGACGGCCAGAGAGACAGUGCCGGGGCGGAGGGAGGAGGGGAGGCAGGGGGAGAAGAGAGAGGAGGAGGUGGAGGAGGAGAAGGGGCAGGCCUGAGGAACGUCAGUGAGAAGCAGUACACCAUUUACAUCACCACGUCUGGAGGACAGUUCUCGACUCUGAAUGGCUCCCUGACCCUGGAGCUGGUCAAUGAGAAGUACUGGAAGGUGAGGAAGCCUCUAGAACUCUACUAUGCCCCCACCAAGGACCAGCCCCAGCAGCAGCCCCAGCAGACGCCCCCCCAGCAGAGAGAGGGCUGAGGCCCAUUUUAUUCUCUUUAACCCAGGUCUGAUCGUUUUACCUACGAGUAACCUUGUCUAGUCUCCUAUAGGUUAGUCAUUGAUGGGGACUCAUUUUCAGAUAUUCUUGUGUGUUCAGUGUGUAAUUAAAUUGUCUCUGUAUUAAUUAGCUUUGAUAUGACAACAUGACCAUGUCUAUUUAUGAAUUGUAUAUUUCCUGAUGUGACUGAAGCACUUUUGCAAAGUGCAAAGUAAACAUGUGACUGGUUGAUGCAUUUGUAUUUUCUACUCAGCUUACUUAGCAAGGCGUUCAAUGUAACGCCUUGCUAAGUAAAUAUAUAUAUAUAUAGUGUUUCCCCUACCAUUAUAUUAGGGGGGCGCCCCCGCCCCCCAACGGCAGCCCCCACCCCCCCUAAAUAUAGCGCCUGAUCACAAAAUAAGUAAUUUAAGGUUACCUUUCCUAUAAAACAGGUCUAUAGCUUGCUCUUUUAUUAAACAAACUAAAUGGCCUUAUGCCGUCGUGUAAAUAAGAAAUAACAUGUCAUUUCUGUCUCUACCUGGUCGUCGCCUAAAAAAAAGCUGUAAACGUAGGGGAAACACUGAUAUAUAUUAAAACAAGCUCAACACCAGUUGAAGAAUAUUCAAGUUUUGUCAUCAUUGACAAAAGUAAACCUUAACUGGUAACUUUCUGGAACAUUUCAUCAUAAUCCAAUCGGAUCAUGGACCAGCUGUUAAGUAGCUACUCAGUAACACCAAUUACAUCCAAGAUAUAAAACACAAUUACAUUUAGCUUUUUCCAGAGUCUGUAUAGUCAGCUCUUAUGCACCUUCUAUGUUAUCCUGACGUAUAAAAAAUGCUUUUAUUACCUGUUUUUGAUACAAUCUUUGUAAUAUGUAAU